UACGGCUCACCUUAAUAAAUAGAUCGGGUUGAAGUUUGUUUUUAUGAUGAUUAGUUUAUCAUAAGUCACUCUGAACAGUUCGCUAUUGUUGAUGGUGCAAGAAAAGUUGAGAAAUGAAUUUCACAUUUUAUUUAGGACAAAUCGGAAGAUGAAAUUUCUUUGGCAUUUUAGAAACAAUUUACCUCCAGGUUAAUGAUUGCUUCAUGAGUGAUUGGAGAAUAUUAAAUUGUGCACGUGGGUCGAACAGUAAUAUUAGUAAUAUCAUUUUAUUGUUAAGCAUGAAACAAUGAGAAAAUUUUGCUGUUGACCACAUUUCGGGCAGAUUAUCAUUAACUUUUCGGUGCUCAUUCUAUUUCAAAAUUUACUCAUGCAGUAUCCGAAAUUUAUUCUGUGACAAAUCUUUUUUUCUGUUCUUAAAAUUAGACUGUUCUGCGUCUGUUACAUUUAUAAUGAGCUUGUUAAUGUGUUAAUAUUUGGUGCCAAGAUACAUCGACUUAUCCUCAAUUUUUUAUUUGUUGGUACUUAGGCUUGCUAAAAGUUUCAAUAUUUGAAGAAAAUGCUUUGUAAUCGUCAAGUUAAAAAAGCCAUCUUAAUCUUCUCUGUAGUUCUUGCUUAUUUCAUCUUCAGACUGUGUAAAUUGGAAUUGUCUACAUUCUUUUUUAUAUAUUUCAGCAAGGCAAGUGUCGUAAAUCUAAAGCAAUUGGAGUCUGUUACCACAGGACACUCAUCCUCAGAAUUCAGACAUGCAUAUUAUUGUCCUACAUGUUUUGGUUACAGCAUUUGUAGAGACUUUAUUAAAGGCUCUGUCCUUUUUUAUGGGGACUUGCCCAUCGCUCAUAACCCUCGCAUAACUUGGCGAAAAAGUGUUUUGGAAUUGCAAAGAGUUGUUAUCACUUCUCCAUCUUUAGAGGAAUGGAAUAAAUUUGAUGAGUUUGUUUGUAGGAAUGCAAGCAUGGGAGUUCCAUGUGAUAUCUCAUCUGCUGUGUGGAAAACUGUUUUAGCUACUGAAAAUUUUUUGGCAAUAGACAAUUUUAGAAACUUAAACGCACUUUUGGAUGUGCCAUUAGCUCAUUUUUCAUUACCAGUAUGUGCAACUGAAAAGUUUGUGGAUGAACUUGCAAAAAGCUUUGAUGAAAAUGCAGAUGGAUUAAUUAGUGAAGAAGAAAAAAUAUUACUCCUUACCAGUCUCAUUAUGCAACCAGGAUAUGCUAUUUUAAAGUUGCAGGCUAGAACAAGAAUGAGCUUGCCAAUACCCAACUUGCAUGGAGCUUGUGGCCGUUCUAUUAUCAUUGAAGGUGGAUUAAAAUCCUUGACAUCAUAUCUGUCUCAAUCCUUUGAUAUCCGAGCUGGUUUAGCAGUUCAAGUUUUACAGCUUGUUGAAGACUUUGAGGAAGAAGAUCCCCAGUGGUACUUUCUUUAUUUUGCAUUUUCAUUAGAUGCAAUUGUCGUCACAAGCGAGGGAGAACUAAUUGCGAUUGAUUUGGACAAUUUAGUUGUAAUUGAUAAGUCUUUUCUUCCAUCAGAUACUAACAAGCUGACUUCAAGUAAUGGGCUAUGCAAUGAAAUAUGUUUUCAGAAGAUCACUUUGCAGCUACUGUAUAAUCCAAGCAAUACUUCUUGCUCAUUUGUGUCGGAGUAUGGUCAGCUUAUGUAUGCGAUAGCAUGCAAGCAAGUUUUAUCUAACAUUGAUGAGCACAAAGUUGAAGGAUUUUUUAAUUUUGACGGUCAUCGCAUCCAUAAAAAAUUAGAAAGUGCAGGAUUAUUACAUUCCAUUCCUAUUAAAGCAAAGGAAAAAAUUGAAAAUCUUUUGAGAGAAUGUGUACAAGAAACGAAACCUAAUGGUCGGAGAAGAGCUGUUGCUGAGUUACGUGAUGUGUUAGAAAGUUAUGUAAAAGUAAAAAGUCCUGAAGCAUUAAAUGCAGACCUGCCUAGAUCUUAUGAUGUGACUGUUUCAUCUGAGAAACAUCUGAGAAUUUCAUGAUAAACUAAUAGCUGGAGUACAAAUGUAAACCCUAUAAGAUGACUGAAUUUCUUACAUUUUACGACAUUUAUUAAUCUAAUAAUAUUAUAAACCAAGAUAUUGAAUCUAAUCAUGUGUUUGAUUUUUGUGUGUGUGUGUGCUCUGAUUUCAUUUAUGUAAACUUGUCUUUGUGAUGCUGACUGUAGUGUCUGUAUAGUACCGUGAAAUGAGUUUAAUGGAAUUCUCAAUUCAAAUGAGUAAAACCUGAAAUCAGCACUACAGUUUGCCAUUUUCUAUAUCUAAGACAAUGCCAAUAAAAACAGUUUAAACCAGAA